UCGUAUCGGAUCCAGAUCGGCCACUAGCUCUAGCACUUUAUUGCGUGCGGCUCGGCAAGCAUAUACUUGGAUUCCACGCGCUGCGUGUGUACGGAAGGACACAGAUUGGACGCUGAGAUUAGGAAAAGGCCGGAGUUGUCAAGGGUGUUACCGAAGAAUGGCCUUCCGCGGAGGUUUUCUGCUGUCCGCGCUGAUCGGUCUACUCGUGCUCGGUGUUUCUCAUCAAGUGCAGCAAUGUAGGACCCCAACGCAGCUCGCCGGCCGGUGCAUCUCCAUCUACGAGUGCGAGAGUAUACUGAGCUACUUCAACGGUCGCUUCCUGAGCCCGGAAGAUCGGCUGUUCCUGCAGCGCUCGCAGUGUUCCGCUCUUAGUGGCGCCACCGGCCGUCAACCGUUCGUGUGCUGUCCGACUGACGGAGCACAGCCCAACGUUGGGACAACCCCCGUCGUAGUCGCCCCGACGGUCCGCACGACGGCCAGCCUCGACGCGCAACUGAUCGGUGGUUUGCUACCGAAUCCGAAGAAGAACGAAUGUGGCGUUAGUAUCGGAAUGCGUAUCUAUGGCGGUGAGAACGCGGACAUCGACGAGUUUCCGUGGCUGGCGAUGAUGGAGUAUCAGUCGCGGAAGGGUGAACGGAAGUUUAGCUGCGGUGGCACGCUGAUCAACGGUCGCUACGUCCUGACGGCGGCCCACUGCGUCAUCGGGGAAAUCGAGCGCAAGGAAGGCAAGCUUGUCGGCGUUCGGCUGGGAGAGUACAACACCAACACGGACGUGGACUGUGUGCAGGAGGAGGGCGAACAGAUCUGUGCCGAUCCACCGAUCAACGUCGGGGUGGAGACGAUCAUCCCGCACCCACAGUACGACGAACCGUCCCAUGCGCACGACAUUGCGCUUGUCCGGCUCGCGGAGACGGUCGCGUACACGGACUUCGUGCAACCGGUUUGUCUGCCCCUGGCCGACUUCCGCCCGUCGAAGACGGGUGACGUGAACUUUUUGACCGGAUUCGGACGAACACUCAAAGCAAAAAACAGCGCCAUCAAGCAAAAGCUCGCGAUCAAGGUGUACGACCACGAGCGGUGCCGGCUAAAGUACGCGGAGCAACGGGCGGUGAUAACGACGAGCCAGAUCUGUGCCGGGGGUGAGUUCGCCAAGGACUCGUGCCACGGUGAUUCCGGUGGCCCGCUAAUGAAACUGCAGACCGUCUGGUUCCUGGAGGGUGUUGUGUCGUACGGAAACCGAUGCGGGCUCGAGGACUGGCCCGGCGUCUACACACAUAUACCGGCCUACAUGCCGUGGAUACGCAGUAAUAUCAUCAUGUGGUUCGCGGUGCUGCUACUUAUCGGAUGCUGGGCCAGUGGGUCGCUCGGUCAGCAGGACGGUUGCCGGACGCCGGAUCACCGCGAUGGGCGCUGUGUGCCGUUGGUGGAGUGUAAGAGUGUUCAGGAAGAGUUUUUCCUCACCGAACGGGUGCUGAGUCAGGAUGAGAUCGAUUUUCUGAACCAGCUGCGGUGCGCCACACCCACGAUGCCGGUGACGAUCUGCUGUGCCGAUAACGUGACGACCUUGAAGCGGAACGUCACGGGUGGAAGCCGGGUGGAUCUGCCGAACCCGCGAGCCUUCGAGUGUGGACUGGAUUCGCUCGGUGAUCGGAUCGUCGGUGGUAACGAGACGGACAUCGACGAGUUCCCGUGGUACGCGCUGUUGCAGUACGAGUCGAAAAAGGGCGAACGGGCGUUCAAGUGUGGCGGUUCGCUCAUCAACGGCCGCUACGUCCUGACGGCGGCCCACUGCCUGGCGAACCGGAAGCUGGACGAAGGCGAACGGCUUGUGACGGUGCGCAUUGGCGAACACGACACGACCAGCGAGCAGGACUGUAACGAGGAGUUUUGUGCCGAUCCGGUCCAGGAUUUUGGGAUCGAGAAGGUGAUCACGCAUCCGCUGUACGAGAAGUAUGGCAAAACUCAGCACCACGAUAUCGGGCUCGUUCGGCUCGAUCGUGACGUCACGAUGAACAACUUCGUCUCUCCGGUGUGCCUUCCGACGGUGGACUUUUCUCCGACCCGGAACGGGAACGUUACGGCCGUUGGCUUUGGACACACUGGGCGCAAAAAGCACAGUGGGGUUAAAAUGAAAGCAUCGAUUCCGGUGUACGAUCAGGACGAGUGUAACAAGAAGUGGAAGAAUGUGGAGAUCAUCCCGCAACAGCUGUGCGCUGGUGGACUGUUUGGGAUCGAUAGCUGCAGUGGGGACUCCGGGGGGCCGCUACUCACCCGACGGUUGUACUGGGUCCAGGAGGGCAUCAUUUCGUACGGGAACCAGUGUGCCCUGGAGGGUUGGCCCGGUGUUUACACGCGGUCGCCCACGGAUAGUGCUCCCGACAAGAUCAUGGCUACUGAGGCGCGAUCGCUACUGCUGCUGCCGCCGCUGUUGCUGCUCUGCUGUUUCGUCCCGUGCGCUGUGGUCGGUGCUGCCAUCGACACAGAGGAGGACCGACCCGUCUGGGACACGGUGGAAGUGUGCGCCAUUCCGAACGAGAGCACCCCAGGCGAAUGCCGACCGGCGGCCGAUUGUCCGGCGUUCGCCAAAAUCAAUGACGUUUCCAGCAUCGCCUCCGUCGAGCGGUUCAGCUUCAUCAAGCAGCUCCAGUGUAACGGCACCGACUACGUACCCUACGUAUGCUGUCCCCGCGGUAGCGGUUCCUACGUGCAACCGUACGUGAACGAGACCAUGGUGGCGAAGAAUCGCAUCGCUAGCCGGCUGGCGUUCGACGGGGACACCUGCGGUCUGCAGACCUACGUGGCGAAGAUACGCGGUGGUCAGCUGGCCGAGAUCGACGAGUUCCCGUGGAUGGCGAUGCUGCUCUACGAGCUGGUUUCUUGUCGUUUUUUGACAGACAAUCGUCCUCUAACGCAGGCCUGUGGAGGCGCCCUAAUAAGCCGGACGUACGUCGUUAGCGCUGCCCACUGCGUGACCGGAAGGAAUCUGGAGACCAGCAAGGGCAAGCUGAAGGUCGUGCGGCUGCGUGAAUACAACGUACACACGGAUCCGGACUGUGUGGUCGAAAAUAAUCUGAAGGAUUGCUCGGACAACAAGCUGGAUCUGCCCCCGAAGCAGAUCAUCCCGCACCCGGAGUACAACCCGGAGUCGAGCCACCAGCGCAACGACAUCGCGCUCAUCCGCAUCGACCAGACACCGCCGUUUACGGACUUCUUGCGCUCGAUCUGUCUGCCGGAGUGGGACUUCGAGAACAGUGGCACCGCGGGCAAAAAGCUCAGCGUGUCCGGCUGGGGCCGAACGGACAUUUUUGCCGAAAAGCUCGGUCCAGACACGUUGAGUCCUAUCAAGUUAAAGCUAAGCCUGCCGUACGUGGAACGGGAGAAGUGCAGCAAAACGUUUCGCCCGUGGAACUUUGUGCCGAGCGAGGGCCAGAUAUGUGCCGGGGGAGAGCGGGCUAAGGAUACGUGCGCCGGUGACAGCGGGUCGCCGCUGAUGAGCUUCGACAUGAAGCAGGGCCGAUGGUUCAUCACCGGCAUUGUUAGCCUGGGCGUUCGCCAGUGUGGCGUCGAAGGGCUGCCCGGUGUCUACACGAACGUGUUCCACUAUCUGCCCUGGAUUAGGAUGUACGUGAAGUGACGCUGGAUCGAAAGAGUUGGUGGCCAGCGGGCUGCAGUGUGGGGUUCCGAUGUUUAGUAAAGGGAAAUAAAAUGUAUGCUUCGUAA